AUGUCCAUACCCGAAGCUGUUAACCGCCGCCACAGAGACCUGGAGCGCAACUCCCCGGGUCUCAUCAAGGAGCUGGCAUCAAGAGGCUGCACGAAACUCGAGGAGCGGCGGGAGCAAGUGCUCUUUCGCCAGUCCGAUCCGCCCAACAACUGUUACAUCCUGCUGGAAGGGUCGGUGGAGGUGUACAUUUACAAGAAGACCAAGGAGAAGGGCAUAGGCCUUCUGAGGAAGGAUGAUACGCCGACGCCCCGUGGACAGGAGCCCACGGACAAGAAGACGACCCUCACAGAGGCACAUCUUCUUUGGAAGCAGGCGAAGGAGGCUGAAAAGGAAAACAAGAAGAGAGGCCUUACCACCAAGAAGAACGGCCUCAAGAACAAAUUUGAUCCCUGGCCCGGCGAGUUCACGCGCUACAAGACGAGCGAAGGCUUCAGCACCUUUGCCCAGGAUUCGAAGAUGGGGAAGCUGGUGACCACGCUCAAGCCCGGAGCCGUGGUCGGGGAGCUCGGUCUGCGCAACAGUGAGCCCCGGGCUGCCACCAUCCGCUGCGCCGAGAACUGCAAGUUCUUGGUGGUCGGGAAGAACAUCUUCCUGGAAGUCCUUAAGGAGUGCUUGGCGAUGAUGCGGUUUUUCAACGUCAACCUCCCAGGCUUGAUCCGCCUGGAGUAUACCAAUGGCGUCCACCCCUGCGUGCACUUCCAAGAGAGGGUGUUUCCACCGCAGUUCGAGUUCAUGAUCGAGGGCAUCGUGUCUGCUGAGCCAGCCGCAUACCUCAUCAGGGACGGCAGCGUGCGGUUCCAGAGGCACAAGUACGCCAGCGAGAACUGGGCCUAUGCGCAUCGGCACACGCCCCUGACGCGCUCGCGGCUCCCGGACCUUCCUGCCUACAGCCAGUACUCGACGUCUUCCCGGCGAAAUCGGCGCCUUCUGAACAUGAAAAAAGAGGGCCAGACCUCCCUGGUGUGCUCUUUCCGAUCGCAGCCUGCGGACUUUGGUGAUGAGACCGAGGCCGCGAAGUUCUACAAGCUCCUCGAUGACCCGGGCCGGCCUCAGACUGGGGCACCAGAGUCGCGCCUUUUGACCUGCGACGUCAUCAAGGAGCCGAGGCUUUUCUGCACCAUGCCCUUUCUCCCGCUGUCUGUUGCGGAGCCCUUCUCAGUGAAGGCCACCACCGCUGUGAAUGCGUUCCAUCUCGGCGGGGCGUCGGUGGAGAAGAUGCCGGUGAUGCUUCUGAAGGCCAUGCGAGAGGAUCUCUUCCGGGAGACAAGCGAUCGAGUCAAGGCAAAUGACCUCGACCCCUUCCCGAUGCCUCUGGACCUGCGACCGGCCACAUCCGCUCAAUCGGAGGUAUGCCUCUAG